GACUGAUCAUUAACCGGGACAGAGUGACGUCCCUGUUCCCGCCAAAAGUCAAAACAGCUGUAGGAGGAAUUUCAUUUUUUUGUCUGAAGUGGUCGGUUUGAUGGCGCUAAGAUGCAUGUGGUGCAGAUCAAUGCAUGGAAAUACAAUACAGUUCUUAGCAAAGAGACUAACACUGAAUUCACUGAAUUUAAGAUUCAAUAAAUCUACUGCGGCGGUCGGUGUCACAGCAGUUGGCGAAGAAAACCGAACAUCAUCGAAUGCACAAAACGAAACCGAAAGUAAAACAAGUCUGGAUGAUGGACACCCGCAAAUUGAUUUAUCAUUCACAAACCCACAGGAAGCGUAUAGAAGUAAAACCACAGGAGAAUUGCUAAGAGCCUACUUUGUUUUUCAGUUAUGCUCAAUACCCCUAAUAGUCAGUCACAAUAAAAAGUUAAUGAAAUGGAGUCAGUCAAUCCUUGGAACAAACCUCUUCCACAAGUUGAUGAAGGCAACAUUCUAUGGUCAGUUUGUGGCUGGAGAAGACCGGAUAGCAAUUCGUCCAUUGGUGAACCGGAACAAACAGUUUGGUGUGAAGUCGAUACUUGACUACAGUGCUGAGGAAGACGUUAGCAGUGAGGAGGCUAAAGAAGCUGAAAUGAGUUCAUGUGUGUCAGAAAAUAUGACAGACAUAGCUAAAGAGCCCAGCCGGCAGAGAUUUCAGGCACACCGUGAGUUUGGUGACCGUCGAGAUAAGGUUGUAUCGAGCAGGACAUAUUUUUAUGAAGGGGAGGACCAGUGUGAUAAGAACAUGAGAAUAUUCCUUGAGUCGAUAGAUGGUGUAGCAGAUGCGACAAAGAAGACUGGGUUCUGUGCUAUUAAGAUGACAGCCCUUGGGCGGCCACAGUUACUGCUUCAGAUGUCGGAUGUGUUAGUAUCAGCAAGGAAUUUUUUUGAAAAACUGACAAGCAAAGAGGGAGACAAUUUCUCACGGGGUUUUCGAGAAGACGAGUUCCUGUUGAAGCUACGUGAGAUGGGGGUGAAGAUCACACUGGAGGAAUGUAGUAGAUGGUUCUCAAUACUAGACCUUAGUCAGGAUGGACAAGUUGACAUCAUGGACUGGGACAAUCUGCUAGAAGUUAACAUGAAACUUGACCAACUGUUUGUCAUCCCAGAUCCACUGACAGGGGAAUUGAAGCCGAUGUUACAUUGUUUGCCUGAAGAUACAGAGAAGGAAAUGAAGAACAUGCUUCACAGAAUUAACGAGAUUACUAAGUAUGCAGUUGAGCGGGAUGUGAGAGUGAUGGUUGAUGCAGAGCAGUCAUACUUCCAGCCUGCUAUAAAUAGACUCACCAUGGAGAUGAUGAAGAAAUUUAACAAAGAGAAAGCCAUUAUCUUCAAUACAUACCAGUGUUACCUCAAGUCCGCCCACAAAGCUAUCAAGCUGGACUUGGACACAGCAGUGAGACACAACAUAUACUUUGGUGCUAAACUUGUCAGAGGGGCUUAUAUGGAGCAGGAAAGGGAACGUGCUGCCACUAUAGGUUAUGAGGACCCUAUUAAUCCUUCGUACGAUGCAACAACAUCAAUGUAUAACAAGGUGUUACGAGAGGUGAUGAGGCAGAUACAAAUCCGUGAACGUGGAAAGAUUGCCGUUAUGGUGGCCAGUCACAACGAAGAUACUGUCAGAUACACUGUAGAAAAGAUGAAAGAGUUCGGAGUGAGACCUGCAGACAAGGUGAUAUGUUUCGGUCAGUUGCUUGGCAUGUGUGACCAGGUCAGCUUUCCUCUUGGUCAAGCAGGGUACUCUGUGUACAAAUAUGUACCGUAUGGACCAGUUGACGAGGUUUUACCAUAUCUGUCCCGCCGAGCCAUGGAAAACAAGGGCAUCUUGAAAAAAGUGAAAAAGGAGAAAAAACUAUUAUGGCAGGAGAUCUCUCGGAGAGUGAAAUCAGGUCAACUCCGAUAUGAUCCUGCAAAGAAUUUACCAGAUAUAACCCCUGUUUAGAGUCAAAGUGUUAAAGACAGUUACUAAAUAAGAUAGAGUGUUGAAUGUAAAACUGCUCUAACUCGUACUUUUGAAUUCAACGAGUUAAAACAUUUUGAUGCUUUAUUUGAUACUGUUCAACUCAUGCUAUUUUUAUCUUGUUGAAUCUCAAACUUUAGAUAGAAAAACUUUUAAAAAAAUAGAGUCUUAAUUGAAAUUAUUGAACCAGAGAUUUAAUUAUCGAUGUUACACAUGUUUGAGUUCACUAAGUUUGAAUUAUCAGGCACUGAACUAAACAGUAUAGCUUUUUUUAAAAAUAUUUACUAAUGUUUUAAUAGUUUUAGAUACCAUAUUGCAUUGAUUCUUUUUAAAAAUUUGAAAUAAUUUUAGAGGAAAGAAAGCAUUAUAAAUUAGAAAGUUUUUGUUGAGCCCGCUUGCGGUGAGCUUGACUUAGUCGCCACUUUUGGCGGUUCGGUGUAUGUGCGUGUGCGUCCGUCCGAUUUUGUCCGGAGCAUAACUUUGACAUGCAUGGACCAGUCUUGUUUAUAUUUGGCAUGAACUUUACCUCAAUGAGAAGGCAUGUCAUGUGCAAACCUCAUGUUCCUAUCUCAAAGGUCAAGGUCACAGUUGGAGGUCAAAGGUCAAAUUGAAGUUUGUCCAGAGCAUUUCUUCUUCAUGCAUGGUGGGAUAUUGAUGUAACUUGGCAUGAAUGUUCACCAUUAUGAGACAGAGAGUCUUGCACAAGAACCAGGUCUCUAGGUCUAAGGUCAAGGUCACAUUUGACAGCUGGCGGGCUUGACAUUCUGCCCUAGGGCAUACUUGUUUCUGUGGAGAAUUUUUUGUUAAAGAAACCAUUAUCUUUAUUUAUCUUCUGUCAAAUUCCUAGUAACAAUGUGUUUGAUUUAUUUUACAUUAUGUAAAGCCAAAAAUUAAGAAGAAUAUGUAAGAUGUUGAAAUAUGUUUGAGAUCACAUUUUUUAUAGCAUAUGUUGGUGCAUUUUCAAACAAGUUAUCACCUCCACAAAAAAAAGUGGUUAACUGCUUGGACUAAAAAUGGUUAACUGCUUAUACUAAAAGUGGUUAACUGCUUAGUCUGAAAAUGGUUAAUUGCUUAGACUGAAAAGACUUAAAAUGGUUAACUGCUUAGAUUAAAAGUGGUUAACUGCUUAAACAAAAAGUGGUUAACUGCUUAGACUAAAAGUAGUUAACUGCUUAAACUUUAAAUUGUUAACUGCUUAGACUUAAAAUGGUUAACUGCUCCACUUAAAAUGGUUAACUGCUUAGACUUAAAAUGGUUAACUGCUUAGAUUAAAAGUGGUUAAAUGAAUUAACAAAAAGUAGUUAACUGCAUAGACAAAAAGUGGUUACCUUCAUAGCCAAUAAGUGCUUUGAAUAGGAAAUAUAUUAAUCUCAUGUUUUUGUUUUUGUGUAUAAAUUUUUUUAUUGUAUACAAGCGGAAUCUCAUUUUCACAUGAAAGUUGUUUUACUUGCAGUGUUUUUAUAAAAAUGUAAACUGGUUUUAAGUUUUAUUUUUUGAAAUGUUUUACUGAAUGCUCUAUUUUACUGAAUUAGCUAUCAUUCUCGCAUACCAGAGGUCUACCAUGAUGGUUUCCUGGUUGAACCAGUGGCAGUUAUUUCACCAAUAUUUUUAGUUUGGUUACAUCACAGGUAAAGGUUCUGCCAAACGGCAAUGUUUCACGACAAAUCUUCGCGAACCAAUCAAAAUUGGCUGUGAAAAGGGUGAACGCAUCCUUUAAAAUCUUGACGCCGAAUUAAGAGAAAUAUUAUUUCUGGAGGUAAAUUUCUACACAUCCGAUUAGAGGAAUAAAUCUUAAUCACAGUCCUGCAAUAUCGUCUUUAUUCAUUUUUAGCAAAUACUUUGAUUACAUUUGUUUGACAUUUAAAAAUUUGGCGUGUCGAAUAAUGGCGAACAUUGAUUGGCUUAAAUCAAUCUGUGUAGUAAUCAGGAGUGUGCAUGCUCACCAAAUAAACAAAAGAAAUAAAUCAUAGGUUGGUCUCGUGAUUUUGACGAACCUCUUAUGGACGAGAAUGCUAUAGUUAUAUACUGUGAAGCCAUUAUUAUUGGUAGGGACUAUUUUUCAUGGGUUUUAUUGUUGCGUCAAUCCAUAAACUUUAAUUUCAAUGAACAAUGAAAUACCUAUUCAUUUUGUCUUCCAGGGUUGAAAUCCAUAAAGUCAUAUGUCAAAGGUCAAGGUCACAGUUACCUGGAAACUGAAAAUGGUUUCUGUUCAAUAUCUAAAGCACUUCUAGGCUUAAGACUGUCAAAAUUUAUAAUUGUUGAUUGCCAGUGAUGAGACGGUAACCACUAUUUUAGGAUCAGUACUCUUGGGGUCAAAGUCACAGUGAGCUUGAAAAGGUUUUAGAUCAAUUACUGAAGAAAACUUGGUCCUAUGACCUUCAAACUUUUAAGGUUAUUGCCUCUAGUCAGUAGAUGACCCCUGUUGUGUUUGAAGUCAUUUAAUAAAAGGUCAAGGUCACAGCAUACAAAAUAACAUACCCAGUUGCUCCUGAUAGGCAAUCAUGGGGCUAUAUGUGUUUUACAAAUGGCUAUUGAUUAUCAAGGUCUACUUGGUUUUUUGAGUCGGCUAAACGAUGUAAUCGUUUUGACGAGUCCUUGCUAUCCAGCGAUUCUCUAAGUCUAAAUGGACCAAAUAACACAGUGAAGCGAUGUAGUUCCAUUAGAUUUCUCAAACUUCAAACAGUUCACUGCAAGAAUGAAGUUAAGUUGCGUGAAUUCCCUUUGCUAUGACCAAUAUACGAUGUAAUCUGUCAUAUUUAUGACUUGUAAUUGUGCAAUACUCGAAUGUAACUCAUUAAGCAUAAAUGUGCAUUUUAUGAAUAGCGCAGGCUUACAAAGCUUGCGUAACAUCCAGCGAAAGACAAAAAAUAGUUCCACAGGGCUCAAGAUAAGAUGCGUAUUAGCGUAAAUUACGUAUAGAAAUAAUGCAAAUACGCAUGUCUAAUAAUUUCUAAACGUAUAUAAAAUUACAGAAAUGCACACAAUGCUUUUUUAAAAACAAAAUCUGAAUCGUCUGGAUGCGUUAGGUAACAUAGCCGAUCCCGAUCAGCCUUAAUUCUCCCACAUUGAACGUAUACACGCAUCGUAUGAUUUCUAUAAACUUUGCGUGGGUUUCUACACACACACAUGAAUUUUGCAGUCAGUAAACGGAUAAAUUAUCGGAAGAAGAAGCUCUUACUGGUUUGUUUAGUUACUACAGAUAUUAAAAAUGAUUUUAAUUCUUAUUUUUCGAGAAAUAAACAAAUCGGCGAAACAUUAAA